AAAGAUAUCAAGCUGUAGCCGAGACAUGUGGUGAUGACACCGUUACGAGAACAAACAUGGCCGCCCUGCAUCGCAAAUGUCAAGAUACGGACGGAAAACAUCCGCUCGUGUUGUUCCCUCUUUUACAUUGUCAUUUUGACAGUCACGUGAUCUGUCAUGCUGUGAUGCGGUAGACAAACUGAGCGGAAAACGGUUAUAAAAAUUUAUAAGCGAAUAAUACCUCGUCAAAGAAGUUGCGGAUAUUGGUUAAGUCCGGUAAAAGCUGUGGUCGUCUAACGGUAGAGGAGCAAAAUGCAAAGGUCGAUUCAUUCCAUCUCAGGUGACUACACGGAGAUUGUCAGAAGGCUGCCGUUGAGGCUGCGCUUUGCCUAUGGUGUGGGCCAUGUAAUGAACGACAUUUGCGCCUCCAUGUGGUUCACGUAUAUUUUGGUAUUUUUUCACUCCGUACUCAAGUUUAGCGCCGCGUUGUCCGGAGUCGUAAUGCUGAUCGGUCAGGUGGCCGAUGCAUUGGCGACGCCUUUUAUCGGAUUGCAAUCCGAUAGAAACGAUGAUUUCUGGUUGUGUCGUUACGGAAAGAGAAAAACUUGGCAUUUGUUGGGCACCGUCGGUGUGGUUUUUUCGUUUCCGUUCAUAUUCUCGCCCUGCAUAAAGUGCGAAGGAUCUCACCAGUGGGCUCAAUUAGUUUAUUAUGCCGGUUUUGUUAUCAUAUUUCAAUUCGGCUGGGCUGCCGUUCAAAUAUCGCAUCUUUCAUUGAUUCCCGAUCUAACGCCAUCCGAACACGAGAGAACAGAACUUACAGCAAUUAGGUAUAGCUUUACCGUAUGCUCAAAUGUACUUGUUUACUGCAUUACUUGGGCAGUCCUGCACAUAACGAGUGACACCGCUUCGAAUUCUCAGAUCGGACCAAAAGAUGCGCCUCAUUUUCAAACAGUGGUAAUAAUCGGAUUGGCAGUUGGCGCUUGGGCAUCGUUAAUAUUUCAUAUUUAUGUAAAAGAACAAGGAACCAGCGAUACGACAGGACCUCAACGACGCAACACGAGAUCUGUCGGUACUAUACUGAUGGAUAUUCAGUUCUAUAAAGUAGCCGGUGUUUAUAUGCCCACGAGACUGUUUGUUAAUUUGUCACAAGUUUAUAUACCAUUGUAUUUACACGACUAUUUGAAAAUGGUGGCAACAUCGCUGGCUGUAGUACCGCUAACGAUGUUUCUCAGCAGUUUUAUAACGUCCUUAAUAAUCGAAAGAUUGAACACAAAACUAGGAAGAAAAGUAUCUUAUUUCAUCGGAGUAAUGCUUGGAUUGACUGCGUGUGUCUGGAUUCGACUUGGAAACGGCAAAAUGUAUACCACGUACGAAAUAUACCCGGUCUCCAUGCUGCUUGGUGCCAGUGGCUCGGUUAUGCUCGUCACUAGUCUUGGGAUAACUGCCGAUUUAAUUGGCCAGAGUUCGGACAGCGGAGCAUUCGUUUAUGGUGCAAUGAGCUUUACCGAUAAAUUGAGCAAUGGCUUGGCUGUGAUGGCGAUUCAAUCAAUGAAGUGCCUGUCCGACUGUCCGGCUUAUUACAGGGAUGUUAUAAUCUACGCCUGUGGUGGCUCCGCUGUCUUUGGUCUAGUCAUGGUACUCUUGAUGAAGCCUUUUGUUUACGAUGAUGAUGACAAAAAUUCGAUGAUAUCAGCGACGACGAAUUCCAAAAUUAUAGAUGAAUGAUGAGAAAUUAAUGCAUUAGGAACUUGUACUGGAACAUCGGAUAUAUUCUUAAAUUAAUUCUUCUUAAAACUAAAAGUGCUCGGUACUCGUGGGAGUAUGAAAAAUGAAUCUCCUCUACUGGGUUACAUUUGGCAUACUUGGUGAGCCGACAACGUCAAUUAUAUCUGCCUUAACUUCUGGUUCAACUUUUGGCAGUAGAGAUGGCGGAAUCGUCAGAGUCUGGGGAAAUUUGAACAAAUAUUGUGAUUUUAAUAUUGCUAAGUUUCAAACAUAUCAAAGUAGUCUCGAGCUUAGAUUCAAACAACGUAGAAACGAUUAGGUUCUGGUUUCUAAAUUCAUCCUCACCUUGCCAGGAGCUAGAGCCUCGUACUGAUGUCUCAAGGAUUGUAGUUCGUAGUCGCAGGUAGCUAACGCACCCUUAAGCUCGUAAUGCAGCACAAUGUCGCUACGUAGUUCAUUGAAUUGUUGACAUAUCUGUUCCGUUGGAGGCGGAUUCAGUUCUGUAACAGCCGAAAGAAAGGAGAAAUGUCAAACGUUGUAUUUAUGUACAUAUGAAAUAAUAAUGUAUUUUCAGUGAAUGAUAA